ACAGAAUAAAAGAACAUAGUGUUGUCCAUUUAAUUCUCUUUUGUUUGACUAUCAAGAUUUUCAAGUGGAAAACUCCAUUUGACCAAUGCCAAAGAUAUCCAAAAGCAAACAUAAUACGAAUCUUUCAUCCAAUAUUUAAUAAGGAUUUGAAUUUGGGUUGCGAAUGGGAAAGACAAAAGUUGGAAUGUUUCAGGUUGCUAAGUGCUGUCUUAUCUCUUUACCUCAUAGAAAAAUCACCGUAAACGUCCUCAACGUCAUGUGUCGCGAAAGAAAUGAAGUCGUUCCUGGAACUUUGCAUGAUAAUAUUGUUGUGACAUAACUUCAUGCCAGUGCUUCCGACUGUGUUGAUACUCGUGUAAUCGAGUAAGUAUCAUGAAAAGGAAAAUGUAGGGAAGAAAAAUGAAAAAGAAAAUCAAUAAUAUCUGGGCCAAUAUGAACACGGCGUGAACUUGAAGCUAUUCGUUGUUGAUAUGGUUUUUAUGGCACACGAGAUGCGAUGCAAAGCAUCCAUAAAUUGAAGCCAGCCCGAUUAUAUUGUUUUAAACAUACAGUUUUGUUUUUAAUCAGGCAGCUUUGUUUGGUUUAGAAUGAACAUCGUGUAGGGGCCAUGCAAACAUUAAUCCUUUCUCUCAAUGUGAUAUUUUAUGUUUAAUCUCUCUAGUUCAGCUACUAAACAUACUCCGUUAGUAUUAGUUGUGUCGUAGUACAUUGUUUUAUGUUAUGCUAUCACCGUACAUGAUGACGUCGGUUGGGAAAGAAGAAAAAAGAAAUAAUAAAAAAAAUACUGAAAUGUCGACAGUCGCACGAGAGAGGAAAAUUCGAUGAGAGGGAAAAUGUUGUGUAUGGUUUUUAAUCGGAAAAGUCGGAAAAGUGUUGGUGGCCUCGAACAAGGUGGUUGUAACUUUGUGGCAGAAUGAAAAUGCUCGCUCAAGCUUUACAUCAACACCGACUUUGCACGAUCGUCUCUCAUCCUCUUGUUUCUUGUCUCACAAUUUCAAGUUACACACACACACACAAGCGUAGGCUGAAGAGUUUUCCACGAGGAAUGGGAACAUUUUAAUAUUCUUCCCAAUUUUUACAAGCAUCGCAUCGCAUCACAAGGAGAAAUAUAUUUUCCGUUCAGUUCUCAUUCGUGUGUCGAGGCAUAAACAAGCCAAAAACGGAGCAAAACUUUUAUACUCGAAAUUCGAAAAUGUGUCGUUCAUAGUGUAAGGCCCCAAAAACGACGAGACCAUCGUAUCAAAAGUCUGUUUUGUGAAUGUGAAUAAGAACUAAAACAGAAAUAUUUAACAAGUGCUGUGACUGUGAGUUGGAAAAGUAUUUAAAAAAAAUCUCUCUCGAUAACAAACAGAACAAUAAAAGCUGCAAUCAAAAAGUUUUCCAUUCCCCGUGUUUGAGAGAAGUGCUCGAGCAUCUCCGGGAUCGAAUAUCAUAAAUCCAUACUUCAAGCAGGUGUUACAGCAACUAAAUUAAAAGAUGCACAUUGAGAUUCAAGUUGCAUUGAACUUCGUCAUAUCGUACCUUUACAACAAACUUCCACGUCGUCGUGUCAACAUUUUUGGCGAGGAACUGGAAAAGGCAUUAAAGCAUAAAUUUCAAGGGCACUGGUAUCCUGACAAGCCAUUCAAAGGCUCAGCAUUUCGAUGUCUCAAAACAGGUGAACCAAUCGAUGUUGUUCUUGAAAUUGCAGCUCGAGAAAGCGGAGUUCCCAUCGGUGAUAUCUUAGAGAAUUUACCAGCUGAAUUGUCAGUAUGGGUCGAUCCAGGCGAGGUUUCAUAUCGCAUUGGCGAAAAAGGAGCGGUUAAAAUUUUGUACUCGGAGCAGAAGCACGAUUCCCCGGAUGAUAACAAUGCUGAUCGCGAAGUAACGACGACCUUCAACCCUGAAGCUCAAUGCUUUCGUCCAAUUGAAAUUCUCAGCUCGUCUUUAAAUGGAUUGACUUUGAGUCCAAAGAGUUCACCCAACGAUUCAUCGCCAACAUCAUCGACAAGCCCAAUGUACAAGAACAACAGUCCUUCGGGAGCUAAUGGUGGAACAACCGCAACAUUCCUUGGACGACAACAUGAACCCGUUCUCUUCACUACUGCGACCUUUGCACAAACGAAAUUCGGCAGCACAAAAUUGAAGAACAACUCGAAACGUACCAACAGGAUGUCGCCAACGGAGUUCUCAAAUUACAUCAAGCAACGUCAACAAUUGCAGCAACAUAACAAUCAUUAUCAUCAUCAACCAAACCAUCACCAGAAUAUGUAUGGCGCUAUUGGUUCUGUUUCUCCAGCUCGAUCGAUCUCUCCUAAUCCAAUGACGCUUCAAAUGACACCAAAUGACUCGUCCAUGCAUCAACCCAAUCCAUUCGUAUUUCCUUCAAAUGGAUUUAAUUUGAACAUGUAUCAGUCUUUUGGCAGCCCACGCAAUAUGUUCGAAGGAUUGAAUGGUGGCAAUUAUAACCAGUUCAAUGGAUCAUCUGCUGGGGACAACGAUUCAUUGAUGUUCGCGUCUGGAAAAUGUUCUUCAUUCAUGGAUCAACAGCCGAAUUAUUGCAAGAUUCCAAUACAACAGCAACAACCCAAUUCACAAUCUGGAUUGCAGCCUUCACCACAGGGCACCAAUGCUACAAAUGGCAACACUAAUGGAUCGUCAUCGUCAAACAACUCCAAUCAACAAGCUCAACAACAAGAUAGCAAAUUGUUGGACGGCAUGAAUUCAUUCUACAACAACAAUUCGAAUCCAUCCUAUCAACACCACCUUUUGGUUGCUAAUUAAAGCAAAGAGCUUGUUAAUUGACAUUCAACCUAAUGAGAAAACGUGAAAACGAAAGACGAUAUAUAUGCUAUAAAUACCACUUGCUUUAUGAAUUGACUAAACGAAAUAAUUAUGAUGAAGGAAAAGAGAACCUUACAUGAUGAUACAGGUUUUGUGUUAAUAAAUAUUGAGUAACUACAUAUGGUUUGUCAUUUUUUAGAAUUAAAAUCGGUGAUUUUUUAUACACAAUAUUUUUGUUACGCAAAUCCUCGAAGCUAAUUUUUAUCUUUCUUUUGCAUAUAAAAAUUUAUUUUUUUAUGAAUCGAUGUUUUGUAUAAUUUAAUUAUUUAGAUUACUUUCUGAAUUUUUAUAAAUACUUAUAAAGAUGAGAGUAAAAAUUAUAUUCCCAUUGAGAAGUCUUAAAUACUGUGGGGGUUUGUUCAAGUGUUACAUUUUUAUGUUUGAUGAUGAAGUCAAAAGCUCUCAGCGUGUGAAACGCUUUCGUAAAGCUCUUCAUGAAAAGUUCUAACUUUUAUUUAAUACUUAAAAUCUUUAUAUCUUACAUAAAUUUAGAUUAAUGAGAUAUCUGUUACACUUUUCAUUACAUCAAAGACAAGAUAAAGUUGAAAGGUAUACUUAUUAUACUUAGAACAGGCUACAAGAUUUACACAUUUGAUGAAUAAACCCCAAAAUGUAAGAUUGAAUCUUUUCUAAUGAAAAUGAAGGAAAUACAACAUUUAAAAUCUUUAGAAAUGUAUUCACUUAAAACUUCUUUCUCAAAAAAAAUGAUUUCACAAAUUAAAAAUAUGUCUAAAAAGAGAAUAUAAAUGAAUUAUAUUUAUAGGACAAAGUCGUAGCGUAAAAUCAACAAAUUUAACCAUUUUUUCUAUUUUUGAUAAAAAUGAAUGAAAAAAAAAAUGAAUAAAAAUAUUUUAAUAUUUUUGAUUAAUAGUGACAAACAAGAAGAAAAACUCUUACAAAAAGAAAAAAGAUAUAAAUAAAAUAUCGUUUAUUCUAUGGAACAUGAUAAGAUAUUGGGUGUCGAAUUCAUCAUUUCGUUCCGUAAUCGCUUUAAUAAUGAGAUGAAAAACUUCAUAAAUUUUUAUAUUUAAAGAGAUAUGAAAAAAGAAAUAAAAAUUGAAAUUCGAUUUUUCUAGUAUUAGAUAACGAUAUUGAUGAUAUUUGAUAGCAUCUCAUGAUAGAUUUUUCUUUCUCAUUCUCACUCAAUACCCACCUUGUGUAAAAGGUCAAUGUGAAUUAAUAAGAACCAUUUGGAAACUUAACAUCCUCAUUAAUUUAAUUCGAUUAAAUAAAAUAUUUUCUCAUCAUUUUCCUGAAUACUAAAAAUUCUACCAUGGAAACGAGAAGCACAAGAGCUUACAAGCUCUCAGGAAGAUAUUUCCAAAAGAGAUAAAUAGAUAGCAGCUGUUGGGUGUCUACUUUUCGGACACUUUACUCAACAUCUCCUUCCUCUUAAUUUCUCCAUGGGCGAAUUAAGUAAAUUUAGGUAUUUGUGUUCCCUUUCCAUUAUAUAGACGAAAAUAAACAAAAAAAAAGUAUAAUAAAAUAAAAAUCGGAUUAGAACGCGCUUCGUUUUUAUAUGAGACAAAAAAUUUAUCUAAAUUAAGAUUAACUGAAUAUUUUUUGGGUAGAAAAAAAUCAUUGAAAAAUUAAUAAUGACAAAUACAGGAGACAUUUCUUUGCAUAAUUUAAAGCUCAUACAUUUUUGAUAUUUAAGUCGGUAAAAAUCAUCAUUAUUCGGAAAUACAUCGGCAAAAAUAUUUAGCAAUUAUAUCUCGGUUUUUUACUGCAACUCAGUUUUAAGAAUAUUGACAAUUUGAUAUGAUAACUAAAUUAACGGAUAGAAAUAAAGACGACAAAUGAAAAGGCACAUUUCUUAAGAUGAUAAUUCAAUUUUACCCUUUCUAACAUGAUGAUUGAAAACAUGAAAAAGUUUAGCGCAAUUGCAUAUCAGUUUGAUGUAGUUCAUAAACUAAUCUCUAUUUAUAUAAUCCUGUCGUUAAUUUUGCUGUUCCUUAACGUGCAAUAUUAAGCAUCUCAGAUAAAUCAAAGUUGAUAAAAGCUGCUAAUUCAUAGCUUUAAGAAGAAAGCAACUUUUGGAAAAACUGAGAUCUAAUAUUUUCCUCUUAGUUCAAUAUUAAUGUGAUGACGAUGCGACGCAUUAAUAAUUUCUUAUUGAUACAUACUUAGAUGGUUUGUUUUGUAUUCGUUGAAGAGUGAAAGCGGUUUGACUUCGUUAAUUCCCUACGGGAAAAUUUGGCAAGAAUGUCGAACCGUAUAUCCAAUGUAAUGAGUUUUUAUACCACAUUUCUAUGUUUCUUACUAUAUACUUAGAGCUAAAUGUUAAAGGUUACUUUAGUCGCAACAUUACACACAUAUAACUUUUUUGUACCAUGUUGAUCUCUAAGAACUUAAUGAUGAUUAAAGAGAAAUACGCUGAUAAUGAAAAUGAGAAUAACAGAAAUAAAUAUUUUACUAUUUUACUAUUAACUAACGCUAUGAUGAAACUUAUAUCUGAUGAAAGUUAAAAAAAGAAAAAUGGGAGAAAAAUCUAUAACAAUAAUUACAUACAAGAUACCAUUAAAGAAUCCACACAUAAAUCAUAUAUUUUCUAUAUAAAAAGUCCUCUUCAAAUUAAAGAUUUAAGAUGAAAAUGAAAAAAAAAGAAUUAAUAAUAAUUAAAAUUAAAAUUGCAAAAAUUAAAUAAUAGAAAAAAGAUGAUGAAAAAAUGUAGCUAAUUAGUUUUAUCUUUGAUUUUUUUAUUGAUUGACGAAAAAGAAACACAAACAAAAUCCUACAAAAAAGAGAAAAGUAUGAAUAAAGUGAAUACGUAGAAGCAAAAAUUGGUCUUUUCUUUCUUUUCAAAAUUUUAUAUUAUUAAUUAUUGUUUUCUUUUUUCCUUUUAGGGAAUUUGAGCUUUUAUUUAUGUUGCGAAAGCUC